AUGCCUGAUAUCAAGCGAACCGUCAAGCUCGUUACCGAGCAGAGCAUCAUCCCCGACCCACCAGAGGUGGAAGGCUUUCCUAUGCGCGGGUGGAAUAUCAGCAUCUACUUGGUCGGCCCGGAUGGCGAGGAACUACAAGCGACGUGUUUCGAGAAGGCAACAUAUCUACUCCACGAGAGUUUCGGCAAGAGAGCGAAGCAGGUCGUCAAGCAGCCUCCGUUCACGAUUAGAGAGAAGGGAUGGGGAGAAUUCGACAUGACCAUUACCCUGACGCCGGUGGGCGCACCCAAGGGAGGCGACACGCCGCUGCAGCACGAUCUCAAUUUCCAGCAAGAGAGAUAUGAGAGCACCCACACAGUCACAUUCCGCAACCCCAAAGGCGAACUCCUCGAGCGACUGAAGGAGUCCGGCCCAGCAGGCGAGACCAAUGGAGUCGCAACAGCAAAGCCCGAGAAGAAGCGCCAGAAGGCCACUCGCAACGUCGACAUGGAAAAGCUCGCCGAAGCACUCCCACAGCUCGCCGAAGAUGACCUUCUCCAGGUGGUUCAAAUGGUACACGACAACAAAUCCGAAGAAACGUACACUAAGAAUGACGUGGAAAACGGCGAGUUUCAUGUCGAUCUUUACACCCUGCCGGAUGCCCKGAUCAAGAUGCUGUGGGACUACGCCGAGAAGCGCGUCGACAUGAGUGCGAUUGCCUAG